CGUUAAGUCAUUAGUUAUUGUGCAGCUGUUAGGAGCAGAAGUGGAGUGAAACUAGUGACACACUUAAUAUUUGUAUUUUUUUUUAAUUUUAUUUUUCAUUAAAAACAAUAAAAAAAAUAUUUUGAUAUUAUUAAUUUACAAUGGCAUUUUUAAAUAGAGUUGCUACACGUUCGGUACGCCAACUGGCAAGCCGCUCUUACGUGUCUGUGUCACACGUCUCUGAGAGUGGUCCCUCAUUUGGUAUGACCGAAGAACAAAAACAAAUGCAGGACAUGGCCCGUAAAUUUGCUCGCGAGGAAAUUAUUCCUGUAGCUGGUCAAUACGAUAAGACUGGCGAGUAUCCUUGGGAUAUCGUGAAAAAAGCAUGGUCUUUGGGUCUUAUGAACAACCACAUUCCUCAGGAAUAUGGUGGCUUAGGACUGGACAACUUCACAACUUGUUUGAUUGCCGAAGAAUUGGCAUACGGUUGUACUGGUAUUAUGACUGCGAUGGAGGCUAGUUCGUUGGGCCAAACACCCAUUAUUAUUGCUGCUAAUGACGAACAAAAGAAAAAGUAUUUAGGUCGCCUAAUUGAAGAACCUCUUGUUGCCGCUUACUGUGUAACCGAACCGGGUGCAGGUUCAGAUGUUGCUGGCGUUAAGACUCGUGCCGAAAAGAAAGGUGACGAAUGGAUUAUCAACGGUCAAAAAAUGUGGAUUACUAAUGGUGGUGUAGCCAACUGGUACUUCGUUUUGGCUCGCACCAAUCCUGAUCCCAAAGCUCCUGCCAGCAAAGCUUUCACCGGCUUCAUUGUGGAACGCGAUACACCCGGUUUGACUCCCGGCCGUAAAGAAAUUAACAUGGGUCAACGCGCUUCCGAUACACGUGGCAUCACCUUCGAAGAUGUUCGCGUUCCAAAAGAAAAUGUACUUAUUGGCGAGGGUGCUGGCUUUAAAAUUGCCAUGGGUACCUUCGAUAAGACACGCGCCCCUGUAGCGGCUGGUGCUGUUGGUUUGGCCCAACGUUGCCUUGACGAAGCUUUGAAAUAUUCGUUGGAUCGUAAAACUUUCGGCUCACCCAUUGCCUACCACCAAGCAGUGCAAUUCAUGCUUGCCGAUAUGGCUAUCGGUGUUGAAACUGGUCGUCUGGCUUAUCGCCUUGCCGCCUGGGAAGUGGAUCAAGGACGUCGUAACAGUUACUACGCUUCAAUUGCCAAAUGUCAUGCUGCCGAUAUGGCUAACAAAAUAGCCUCCGAUGCUGUACAAAUUUUCGGAGGCAAUGGCUUUAAUACUGAAUACCCGGUCGAAAAAUUAAUGCGCGACGCCAAGAUCUAUCAAAUCUACGAGGGCACAUCUCAAAUUCAACGUUUAAUCAUUUCUAGAAAUAUGUUUGAAGCUGCCAAACAAUCCUCCUAAAAAAAUCCACGUCACUCCACCUAGUUAGUAGUAGUCAUUAGAAUCUAAGUCAAUUAUUUCCAUUCAAUCGCAUACAUUUUAUGUAAAAUUGUUUCAUUAAUUAAGUGAAAAUUGUUGUUAUUCGUAUUAUUUUUAAAGAUGAAUGCUGUUCAAAAUAUUGUGAAUAAAAAAAUUAUCUUUUUUUUAAAUAACAA